UCGAUUUCUCUGUGAUCGACUCGCCAUCACUGCCUUCCACUAGCACACCGCGCACACAGAACCACUGGACGUUACUACUAAUAUCUAUCAUCCACAGCCAUGGCAGAUCCAAGAAUACGGCAAAUCAAAAUUAAAACGGGUAUUGUAAAGAGGCUGGCAAAAGAGGAGAUCGCAUACGUAAACGAGGCAAAGCAGCAGGAGCAGAAGAUUGAGCGAAUGAAAGCAGAGGCAGGAGAUGAAUACGUUAUCAAGAAACAGCUGGAAGUGUUGCAGGAGUCCAAAAUGAUGAUCCCAGACUGCCGCCGCCGGCUGGCCACUGCACAUGCAGAUCUGCUUCAGUUAUUAGAAACAGAAGAGGAAUUGGCAGAAACAGAGGAGUACAAAGAGGCUAGAAACAUAUUGGAUUCAGUGAAGCUUGACGGAUGAUUUCUGAUCUGUUUUCUGUCCUCACUGUGAGAUCCACUGCUUAAAUGUCCAUUCCUUUCGUCAGCUCUCGUUUUGGAACCCACGGAGGCAAACUGAAUCAUUCUAAGUCUCUGUUCUUGAUGUAAUUCUUUCUACUGUUUACACUUAAUGCGCCACCACAUUGUAGCACGCUUGUCUUCUGUGUGUGUGUGUGUGUGCGCACAAUCCCACAAGACUAGGAUAAAACAUUCUGUUGAUUACAGCAUGACGAGUAGAGGGUUUUUCUUACAUUUUCAUUUGUUAUACUCUGGACUUGAUUAAAUUCACACUGGUGUUUUCUUUUUCUGUUGUCUUAAUAAGCAUCAGUUUUAAUUGUGCCAUCGGGCCACUGUUGGAUUGAUUUGCUUUUGGGCGUUGAAGGAAAAUCUGCAGAUGAUAUUGUCCUAAUCCAAGUGCAUCAUUCCCUUUACCUGAGUUGUACACUCCUGUAAGACUGUUAUUGGCUCUAACAUUAGAACACGUGUCCCAUCUGAUGGAUUUAACUGCAGUGUAUUCACCUGCUGGUUUUCCUGUCCCAACAGCAGUGAAAUGGAUUGUGUCUUGAUACCUACAAUAAAGACAAGAGCACUUUGGGCAA